AUAAAAUCUCAAAGAUUACUACUCCGGCAAAUGAUAUCAACCUUUUAAGUUCUGGUUCUGAGAUCAAUGUCUGUCACAGCCACAACAUUUACACCUUGCUUCACAACUCUAUCUCUUCGUAAACCAUCGUCAUCGUCCACAGUUUCUACUUGCUUCGCUAGGCUUAGCAACAAGUCGUCUUCAUCCUCGUCGUCUGCCACUCCUCCAAGCCUCAUCCGUAAUCAGCCUGUUUUUGCUGCCCCAACUCCGAUCAUCAACCCCACUUGGAGAGAAGAAGACAUGGCAAGUGAAUCAUACGACGAGGCAAUUGCUGCACUCAAGAAGCUUCUAAGUGACAAGGAAGAGUUAGCACCUGUGGCAGCUGCAAAAAUCGACCAGAUCACAGCGCAACUUUCAACACCCGACUCCAAACCUGCAUUUGACCCUGUCGAGAGGAUAAAAACCGGAUUUGCAAAGUUCAAGACUGAGAAAUAUGUAACAAAUCCAGCCUUGUAUGAGGAACUUUCCAAAGGCCAGAGCCCAAAGUUUAUGGUGUUCGCAUGCUCAGAUUCUCGAGUUUGCCCAUCACACGUUCUGGAUUUCCAGCCUGGUGAGGCAUUUGUCGUCCGUAAUGUAGCCAACAUGGUCCCUCCCUUUGACAAGGUUAAAUAUGCUGGAGUGGGAGCUGCUGUUGAGUAUGCAGUCCUCCAUCUCAAGGUGGAGCAAAUUGUUGUGAUUGGGCACAGCAAGUGUGGUGGGAUCAAGGGUCUAAUGAGUUUCCCUGAUGAAGGACCCCACGUGACUGAUUUCAUUGAAGACUGGGUCAAAAUUUGUCUCCCUGCAAAGUCAAAGGUGAAAGCAGAGACUAGCAGUGCAUCUCUCGAUGAUCAAUGUGUAACCUGUGAAAAGGAGGCCGUGAAUGUAUCUCUUGCAAACCUGCUGACUUACCCAUUUGUGAGAGACGGGUUGGUGAAGAAAACACUGGCACUCAAGGGUGGACACUAUGAUUUUGUUAACGGAACCUUUGAGCUGUGGGGACUUGAUUUCUGCCUUUCUCCUCCUACCUCUGCAUAAUUGAGUUACUUCUAUAUACAAUCUUAUAUCUCUACCCCUGACUCGUUUCUUCUGCCGAAAUUCAACCAAUGAUAUCUACAUGUACUUCGCACUAAAAAAAUAAGAAAUUAAACACUUUCAUCCAGUCAUUAAUAUGUAUGCAUUGGUUAUUCUCUCUUUUCUUUUUCUUUUUUUUUUUUGUUUUAUUCCUUUUCUAAGUAAAAGAUGGCACCACUGUAUUGUGAAGCUCUUCUACCAGGGCGGUAUACUCCCAAAAUGUCAAUAAAUGAAAAUUGAAGUA